AUGGCGUCCGUGAAGCUCGCCGCCGUCCUCUUGGCGUGCGCCGCGCUCAUGGCGACGGCGGCGGCGUACGCGCCGUACCGGCCGGAGCCCGAGCCCUGCAAGACGCAGGCCAUGUACUUCAAGAACUGCCUCCUCCUCGUGAGCGAGUGCGAGAAGUGCUGCACGGGCGUGGUGGCCGACCCCGCGUGCUACUGCGAGGUGGAGCGGGAGGCGUUGAUCGACUGCGCGCCCGGCCACCACUGCAGCCGCGCCGACAAGAAGAUCAAGAUCGCCGAGAUGAACCUCUCCUGCAUGAAGAACCUCAAGUGCAAGCAUGCGUGA